AGCCCUCAGUGGCAGGUAAUAUAGGCUAUGAAACCUGCUAGGGUGGUGUUCAUCUAGAGGCCUGUCUCUAGCAUGACUGCAUUUGGUAUGUUUUUGGUGCAAUAAUAUCUUAUCUUGCCUAUCAAAAAAAGAAAGUGGCUCCUCUUCUGGAAGUGAAUUUUCCAAGAGUACCAUAGAAGAGGGUAGAGCGGAGUCUAUCAACAUUACUGUGAAGGGUGGUGGAGUUGACGACCUUGGGGCGGUGUAUGAUAUGUGUGUAACUAAAAAAUUUAGUUACGAGUACGUAGAUUACGCACGGAGAGCGGGGGUGGAGUUGGGGGAUUUGUGGUUGGAGUAUUGGACAAAGUACUUAAGCCCCAAUGACACACCGUUAAAGUGCAAAAUGCACGGAAAUGACGUGGUCCUCGCAUAUUUAAAGGCUAGAUUCAAGCUAUGGCCAGUGCACAUUGAACCAAUUGCUUCUGAUGAACUUCUUGGUCUUCUUCUCCAAGAGGAACAUCGAAUUCAUGAAGAUGUCAAGUUUAUAGAAGCCACUGCCAACAUGAUAUGCGAUAAAUCUGGUCAUUCAGCGCCAGACUGAUACAAACGUGAUAAUAAAGAGCGUUAUCCAGCGAGCCGUCAACAACGCUCAGUCAAUCUAGCGUCUACUACACCAAGUGACCUCGUUGAUCCAGCAUGGUAUUUCGACUCUAGAGCUACAAAUCAUGCAAUCACUGAUUUGAACAAGCUUUAUGUAGCCUUUACUUAUGAUGGUGAGGAUGCACUGCAGUUGGAAUUGGUAAGUUGAUCACAUUUAAUAACCAAUACCAAUCCUUUACAACUGAGUGAAGGUCUUCGUGCACCCAAUAUCACCAAAAAUUUGCUAUGUAUUUAUAAAAUAACAAAAGAAUGUGAUGUUAUACGAAUUUUAUCCUACUCUUUGUGUUGUAAAGUCAUGCAUGACAAAAACUAAAAAGUUGCUGGCUAAGC